AUGUCGGCCACACAUAAAGUUCCAGAGAAACUCUUAUUUGUGAGCUGUGAUUUAUGUGUGGAGGUGAAAACUCCGGCACUGAAGACCUGCUUAAAGUCUGAAAUCUCUAUGUGUGUUCAGCACCUACAGACCCACCUGACCACUCCAGUGCUGCUGCAAACCCAUCCGCUGACUAACCCAGAAUCAGGUUCCUCUAGUCAAAUGGCCAGCAAAUGCUCAGCUCACGACAAGCUAGUGGAAUACUACUGCCUGGAUGAUCGUGUAUUGGUGUGCAUGUCUUGUGUCAUCGAGAAAGGACAUUGUCUGCAUAACAUGAAGACGCUACAGAGCCAUCUGGAGCUGGUGGAUCAACUGAAAGAAGAGUUAGAGACUCUGGCUCAGAGGCAGAACCAGGCAAAGAAGCUGGAAAUGUGGCAUAAAGACCAAAUACAGACUCUGGAGGACUGUGUUAGUCAGCUCAUGGAGACCGGAUUUGCCCUGAAGGAUCUGGUCUUUACAAGUUUAGAGACCUCAGUAUCAGCCAGACUGGGGACACUUCUAAAGUUCAGUUCAGUUCAGCUGGAGGAAAGGGAUCAUUUCAGCUUCUUGCAGAAAUUUGCCAGUGUACAGAAAGCUAUGAUGGACGCUCACAUAGUGGAUCUGAAACAGGGAAUCGAACCCGAUCGCACUAAAUUAAUUGAAAAUAUCAAAAAGACUGGACCAAUUAUUAAGAAGCAGGAGGAUAAACUCCAGGAAAAGUUUCUUGCUGUUGCUGACCAUGAAUAUCACUCAUUUGCACAAAAUGAAGCAAAAGUGGUCUCGGAGCUGACCUUUGACCCUCUGACUCUAGGGCCCGGGAUGACUCUGUCUAAAGAUCUUAAAACACUGUGCUUCAACUCCUCUGCCACGAAACUGGCCGAGAAUCACAUUGUUCGCUGCCUGCAACAUUUUCGAACAGACAUGCGCUGGUUCUUCCAACUCUCCGAACAUUUUGACUGGACCAUUGGUCUUUGUGACACCUCAGCCACUAACAGAUAUUAUUCAGAGCAUCCUGGACUCCUCAUCAUCCAUCUUCUGGAUGAAGAAUUCCUUUCUUAA